UUCUUCCCACCACCGAAUCACAAAUCAUUCGAUCAGAGAGAAAUCCCAGCCGUUUAAUUUGAUCAUCCCAAAGAUGUUUGAGAUUGUUCAGGCGGUUUUCGCCGCCGGGUGUGCACUAGCUCUUUUGACAUUCGCCGGUAUAACCCUCGGCGGCUCAGUGGUCGCAUUUGUCAUAAGCACACCGCUUUUUGUCAUUUUCAGUCCGGUUCUCGUGCCAGCGACUAUAGCCACUACAUUGCUAGCUUCAGGUUUCACGGCCUCCGGAUCCUUUGGUGCCACGGCUAUCUCCAUCCUUAUGUGGCUCUACAAGAAACGUACAGGGAAGGAUCCGCCAAAAACUCCAGGAUUGACGCCACCGUCUAGUCCGUAAUGGAGGAACUUGAUCAGACUUAACUACUGGGGUCCCAUAAAUAAAAUAAAAAUUUACCCAUCCUCUCUGUAAUAAAAUACUAGUUACCCCCGGAUAUCUCCAGUAUCAUUCCAUUGAUGUAUAUCGAAUGUUACAAAAAGUAUAAUAAAUGUACUCAUUUUCUUGUUU